UUUGCUUGUUUCCCAUUUCUGGUGUCCUCUCAGGUCACGUUAUUGUGACGUACGUUAUGAUGUAUCAUCAUGGGAGAGGUUGUAUAAUAAUUGACACGUUCACAUAAUUACACAGUGCACUUUAUCCAUACUUUACAUGAACCUUGGUUGAUGUGCAUGUAGUUCAACGGACAGACAUCUGAAGGCUUUAAACUCUUUGUGUUUUUGUGGACUCUGACCACAAUCUUAAUUUGUUCAGUCUCAAAAUGUCCACAAUAAAGACACUGAAGGAAGCGUUAGUGUCAUUUUGAAGGACUCAACAUGAGCGCCAUCUGCUGAUAAGCAGGUGUAACUGUAGCAACAUCUCACUGAGGUUCCCAGUGUUAACUUGUGAGCACAAAGUAAAGUCAGUUUUUGUCCAUGGUGUCAGGUUCAGUAAUAAAAAACUACUCUAAAAUGUCUAAAAUGAUUUCCUAAACAACAAACUGCCCUGAUCAAACAUCCACCUACCACAGCAUGAAACACGAAUCAUUAAUCAUUGACACUAUAGUUAAAAUGUAAACCCAGGUCAAAGGUUGACUCUUUUAUUCACCGGAAUCACACGUGACAACACAUAUGUCAACUAUAAUUGAACUAUGUAUUGAAGAAUGUGGAUGUCUUUUAUUUUGGAGAACAUGCUGAUUCAUAAAGAGGAGAAAUAUUUAAAUCAACUGCAGCGUUAAUUUGUAAUUUAUUCGAGUGUGUUAGAAAUGUCCCAAAUGACCUUGAAUGUCUUUAUUGGUUUCUAAGCUUCAAAAAAAAAAGCAGCGCUCCAUGUGUUUGUGUGAAACUCUGUGAUAAUCAGACAAUUUCAGUGACAUACACAGGAAGUCACGUUGCACUCGACUAAUGUAGUAAUGGCAGUGGAACGUCUACAAACCUUUUCACAGUGAGUUUGCAAACAGGAUGGCUGGAUUUGUCCGUGUUGCGAAGAGACUGCUGCUGCUGCUGCUGCUACUCCCUCUAAUCACAACAGGUGUGGCCGCAGAGGAUGGUCUGAUAUCUGCAGUCAGGGCUUACGAUAUUGCAGUUCCAUGUGAAGGAGACUUAGUGUGCUUUCAUAUAUGGCAGAUCGACACAUUGGAUGGUGAAUACAUUGGCAUAGUCAGUAAUGGGGAGCUCCAGACGGCUGAAACCGAGGAGGAUAAAUGUAAUUUCCAAAUCCAAGAUAUCACAGCAGAGGAUGUUGGACGUCAUCGCUGCCAAAAAAGGACAAACGACUUCUCUCUUUACAACACUGCUCCUGUGAUAAACCUCACACCUGCCAAAACUGUAUCCCUGCAGUGUGUUUUCCUCAGCGUUGUGGAGAAGAGGUAUUGCCUAACGAAGCUGCGUAAGAGGGUCAGUCUGAUGUGGGUGGAUGAAGCUGGCGCUGAGAUACAAGCAGACUCCCAGCAUCACAUAAUGCAGCGUUCGUCUUGUGAUAUAACUCUGACUGUCACUUAUCAGAGUCCUGAAAACAUGACAUUUAGGUGCCAGGCCACUGUGGCUAGAAAGGUUUUCACUUCAGUGGAGCUGCAAGUCCGAGCCUCAGGUCUGUUCAUAACUGAUCCUCUGUUUGCUCACUGCAGAUCAAUGAAUAACAUUUGUUUCUUUGUAGCCGUUACAGGGAAAGGAAGAGGCCUGAUUUAUGAAAUAGAAACAGAAUAUCAAGGUUACAACCGGGACACGAUCGGGGCCGUGGUGGGGGUUGUAGCCUGUGUGGCUUUGACAGUGGCAGUUGCGGUGUUUGCAAGGAGGAGAAGGAGAACAAGAACAAACGGCCAACAGCACAAUGAGUCCUGUUCUGCCCAGUCCAGUACCUGCUAUGCCGUUAACACUGGCGAUGUCAUCUAUGCUGACAUUAUUCACCCCAGUGGCUCUGACAGAGUGUGGGUCCACGAGUGCGAGUCGACGGAGUAUGCCAGCGUCCAGUACAAAUAAUGUGCCGUCUGAAACAGUGUUGUUGUUGUUUUCUGUCUCUUUGUGAGCUCCAAGUGUGCGUCUGCCAUUUAAAUACUGAGAAACACUCCAUAACAAA